AUCUGCAAAGUGCCGAAAUUAGUGUCUUUGUGUGUUCAGUGUUUAGUUCAUUUGCCUUUGUGUGGGUGUUACGAAUUUGGAUUAGCGGUGUGUUCGCCUGAUUAAAACGAUGUGCUCAGCAGGUCGCUGCGAUGCCUUCGAGCUGGUGCUGCCGGCAAUGCCUGUGAUGCCGAUGAUGAUGAUGAUGAAGUUGCUGCCGCUCUCGGUCCGCCUUAGCUGCUGACAGCCAAGUGCAGUAUCCGCAAGAUACCAGAUACCCGAAACAAAGGAAAGGAAAAGUGCAUUUCCUGCUACCUAACUUGUGCGGGGAGUUCUACCUUCGACUCGGCUCUAUCUACCUACCUACGAUUUUCGGUAGGGAGUUACAAUCCCACAAAAAAAAAAAAAAGAGAGUAACUCGCUGCAAGACUCACUCACUCGCCACUCGAUACUUUUUCGAGCGCUCGACGGCCAGACAGCUGCCAUCGGUUUAGUUUGGUCAAGAAGCGCGUUCGCGACGGCUGCAAAAGAGCGUACCGCCGUAGGAAAAGUCGAGAAUACGAGAAUAACGAGCGCCUUGGAGCGCGGGUGGAUAUAACACUCCAUACGCUCCAACCCGGAAAGGAUUUACAGUGAACUCAGUGAAGUGAAAGUGCCGAAAAGGGCGAGAAGGAUCAUCAAUCCUUUCCUUGUGUACCGCCUAUCCCCCUCCCCCCCGCAAAUAUUUGCCCAGUGGUGAUUGCUGUUGACAAAGUGGAUUGGCAUUCGGGGGACACUUUCAAUUAGGCACGUUGCCGCUGCUUUAUAAAUGUGCCACAAUGGCCGCGCCGUCCAGGACGACGACGUCGAUGCCACCGCCCUUCCGGCUCCAGUUACAGUUCCGGCUGCUGACACCCCUCUUCCUGCUCCUGCUCCUGCUCGUGCUGCCCCAUGAUACGGUCCUCGCGGAGCCGUAUUCCGGCGGAUUCGGCAGCUCGGCGGUGUCCAGCGGAGGCCUCGGAUCCGUCGGCAUCCACAUACCCGGCGGCGGAGUGGGCGUCAUCACGGAGGCCCGCUGCCCGAGGGUCUGCUCCUGCACAGGAUUGAAUGUGGACUGCUCGCACCGAGGACUCACCUCGGUGCCCCGGAAAAUCUCAGCGGACGUGGAGCGACUCGAGUUGCAGGGCAAUAAUUUGACCGUGAUAUACGAGACGGAUUUCCAGCGGCUGACCAAGCUGCGAAUGCUCCAACUAACGGACAAUCAAAUCCACACGAUCGAGCGGAAUUCCUUCCAAGAUUUGGUCUCCUUGGAGCGACUACGCCUAAACAACAAUCGACUAAAGGCAAUUCCUGAAAACUUAGUGACAAGUUCAGCGAGUCUUUUGCGAUUGGACAUCUCCAACAAUGCCAUCGUCACGGUGGGAAGACGCGUCUUCAAAGGAGCUCAGUCGCUGCGGAGUCUUCAGCUGGACAACAACCAGAUCACCUGUCUGGAUGAGCACGCCUUCAAGGGAUUGGUGGAGCUGGAGAUACUCACGCUGAACAACAACAACCUGACGUCGCUGCCGCACAACAUCUUCGGCGGACUGGGGCGACUGCGGGCUCUCCGGCUGUCGGACAAUCCGUUCGCCUGCGACUGCCAUCUGUCCUGGCUGUCCCGCUUCCUCCGCAGCGCCACCCGGCUGGCGCCCUACACCCGCUGCCAGUCGCCGUCGCAGCUGAAGGGCCAAAACGUGGCGGACCUGCACGACCAGGAGUUCAAAUGCUCGGGUCUGACGGAGCACGCACCGAUGGAAUGCGGGGCGGAGAACAGCUGUCCGCAUCCAUGUCGCUGUGCCGACGGGAUCGUCGAUUGCCGUGAGAAGAGUCUGACCAGUGUGCCGGUCACCUUGCCCGACGACACCACCGAGCUCCGCCUCGAGCAGAACUUCAUUACGGAACUGCCGCCGAAAUCGUUCUCCAGCUUUCGGCGACUGCGACGCAUCGACCUGUCCAACAACAACAUCUCCCGGAUUGCCCACGAUGCCCUGAGCGGCCUAAAGCAGUUAACCACUCUCGUGCUGUACGGCAAUAAAAUAAAGGAUUUACCCUCGGGCGUGUUCAAAGGACUCGGCUCGCUGCAGCUGCUGCUGCUGAACGCCAACGAGAUCUCGUGCAUUCGCAAGGAUGCCUUCCGCGACCUGCACAGUUUGAGCCUGCUCUCCCUGUACGACAACAACAUCCAGUCGCUGGCUAAUGGCACAUUCGACGCCAUGAAGAGCAUCAAAACGGUACAUCUGGCCAAGAAUCCUUUCAUCUGCGACUGCAAUCUGCGCUGGCUGGCCGACUAUUUGCACAAAAAUCCCAUAGAGACGAGUGGAGCCCGCUGUGAGUCACCGAAGCGGAUGCAUCGUCGUCGGAUUGAAUCGCUGCGCGAGGAGAAAUUCAAAUGCUCCUGGGAUGAAUUGCGCAUGAAGCUGUCCGGCGAGUGCCGCAUGGACUCCGACUGCCCGGCGAUGUGCCACUGCGAGGGCACCACCGUGGACUGCACGGGCAGGGGACUGAAGGAGAUUCCACGCGACAUUCCCCUGCACACAACCGAGCUUUUGCUCAACGACAACGAACUGGGACGCAUCAGCUCCGAUGGUCUUUUCGGUCGCCUGCCGCAUUUGGUCAAAUUGGAGCUGAAGCGCAACCAGCUGACCGGCAUCGAGCCGAACGCCUUCGAGGGAGCCUCCCACAUCCAGGAGCUGCAGCUGGGCGAAAACAAGAUCAAGGAGAUCUCGAACAAGAUGUUCCUGGGUUUGCACCAAUUGAAAACUCUCAAUCUGUACGACAAUCAAAUCUCGUGUGUUAUGCCCGGUUCCUUUGAGCAUCUCAACUCGCUGACUUCGCUGAACCUCGCCUCGAAUCCAUUCAAUUGCAAUUGUCAUUUGGCCUGGUUCGCGGAAUGGCUGCGCAAAAAAUCGCUCAACGGCGGAGCGGCACGUUGCGGAGCUCCGUCGAAGGUACGUGACGUGCAGAUCAAGGACCUGCCCCACUCGGAAUUCAAGUGCAGCAGCGAGAACAGCGAGGGCUGCCUCGGUGACGGCUACUGCCCGCCAUCCUGCACCUGCACCGGCACCGUGGUCCGCUGCUCCCGCAACGCUCUGAAGGAGAUCCCCCGCGGCAUUCCCGCCGAGACCUCGGAGCUCUACCUGGAGUCCAACGAGAUCGAGCAGAUCCACUACGAGCGCAUUCGUCACCUGCGAUCGCUGACCCGACUCGAUCUCAGCAACAACCAGAUCACUAUUCUCUCCAACUACACCUUCGCCAAUCUGACCAAACUGUCCACGCUCAUCAUCUCGUACAACAAACUGCAGUGUCUGCAGCGGCAUGCGUUGUCUGGCCUGAAUAACCUGCGCGUGCUUUCGCUGCACGGCAACCGCAUCUCGAUGCUGCCGGAGGGAUCCUUCGAGGACCUCAAGUCGUUGACCCACAUAGCUCUGGGCAGCAAUCCCUUGUACUGCGACUGCGGACUGAAGUGGUUCUCCGACUGGAUCAAGCUGGACUACGUGGAGCCGGGCAUCGCCCGUUGCGCCGAGCCGGAGCAGAUGAAGGACAAGAUCAUCCUGUCGACGCCCUCGUCGAGCUUCGUGUGCCGUGGUCGCGUGAGGAACGACAUCCUGGCCAAGUGCAACGCCUGCUUCGAGCAGCCGUGCCAGAAUCAAGCUCAGUGUGUGGCUCUUCCGCAGAGAGAGUACCAGUGCCUCUGCCAGCCGGGUUACCACGGCAAGCACUGCGAGUUCAUGAUCGAUGCCUGCUACGGAAACCCCUGCCGGAACAACGCCACGUGCACGGUGCUCGAGGAGGGUCGCUUCAGCUGCCAGUGUGCCCCGGGCUACACGGGUGCCCGCUGCGAGACCAACAUCGACGAUUGCCUGGGCGAGAUCAAGUGCCAGAACAACGCCACCUGCAUCGAUGGGGUGGAGUCGUACCGGUGCGAGUGCCAGCCGGGAUUCACAGGCGAGUUCUGCGACACGAAGAUCCAGUUCUGCAGCCCGGAGUUCAAUCCCUGCGCCAACGGAGCCAAGUGUGUGGACCACUUCACGCACUACAGCUGCGACUGCCAGGCGGGAUUCCACGGCACCAACUGCACGGACAACAUCGACGACUGCCAGAACCACAUGUGCCAGAACGGCGGCACCUGCGUGGACGGCAUCAACGACUACGUCUGCCGCUGUCCGGAUGACUACACGGGCAAGUACUGCGAGGGCCACAACAUGAUCUCCAUGAUGUACCCGCAAACGUCGCCCUGCCAGAACCACGAGUGCAAGCACGGCGUCUGCUUCCAGCCGAAUGCGCAGGGCAGCGACUACCUCUGCAGAUGCCACCCGGGAUACACGGGCAAGUGGUGUGAAUACCUCACCAGCAUCAGCUUCGUGCACAACAACUCCUUCGUGGAACUGGAACCACUGAGAACUCGUCCCGAGGCAAAUGUAACCAUUGUGUUUAGCAGUGCGGAGCAGAACGGCAUCCUCAUGUACGACGGUCAGGAUGCUCAUCUCGCAGUGGAGCUGUUCAACGGACGCAUUCGCGUCAGCUACGACGUGGGUAACUAUCCGGUGUCCACGAUGUACAGCUUCGAGAUGGUGGCCGAUGGCAAGUACCAUGCCGUGGAACUUCUGGCCGUCAAGAAGAACUUCACGCUGCGCGUGGAUCGAGGAUUGGCCCGCUCCAUCAUCAACGAGGGUUCCAACGACUAUCUGAAGCUGACGACGCCCAUGUUCCUGGGCGGUCUGCCCGUGGAUCCUGCCCAGCAGGCCUACAAGAACUGGCAGAUCCGCAACCUCACCAGCUUCAAGGGCUGCAUGAAGGAGGUGUGGAUCAACCACAAGCUGGUGGACUUUGGCAAUGCCCAGCGCCAGCAGAAGAUCACUCCGGGAUGUGCUCUGCUCGAGGGGGAGCAGCAAGAGGAGGAGGACGACGAGCAGGACUUCAUGGACGAAACGCCGCACAUUAAAGAAGAGCCGGUGGAUCCCUGUCUGGAGAACAAGUGUCGUCGGGGCAGCCGCUGUGUGGCCAACUCCAAUGCCCGCGAUGGCUACCAGUGCAAGUGCAAGCACGGCCAGCGUGGUCGGUACUGCGAUCAAGGUGAGGGCAGCACAGAGCCCCCAACAGUCACCGCGGCGUCCACCUGUCGCAAGGAGCAGGUGCGUGAGUACUACACGGAGAACGACUGCCGGUCGCGGCAGCCGCUGAAGUACGCCAAGUGCGUCGGAGGCUGUGGCAACCAGUGCUGCGCAGCCAAGAUUGUGAGGCGGCGCAAGGUGCGCAUGGUGUGCAGCAACAACCGCAAGUACAUCAAGAACUUGGACAUCGUGCGCAAGUGCGGAUGCACCAAGAAAUGCUACUGACUGAAAGAUGCGACUACCCAAUUGCUCGAGCGGAGCAAUAGCAGCUUAGAUGUUAGUUUAGGAACAGGUUUAAAUCUAACUUAUAGUAGUAGUAAUAGUAACGAUAGUCUUAGCCAUAGAACUAGGGAUAGCACGGAUGUUAGGGGGACACACAGCGAUGAUGAUGAUGAUGCGGAGGAGGAGGAUAAGGAAUCCGUUGAUGCGGGGCAACCAACGGAGCAGGAGGAGAGGCGUGACGACAGUGAGGAUUACCCCACGGACGGCAUGCAGUCCGAUCUCUAUGACGACACCAUCGACGACGAUGACGACGACGACGAUGGCCUCGAUGAUGAUUAUGCCGAUGGGGAGGAGGAGCAGGAGGAGGAAGAUCCCGAGCACCUGCCCGAUCCCAAGGGUCUGGUGAGUGUUCCCGACGAGGAGGAGGACAUGGGCUACGACGAGGACGACGAACGGAUCGCAAUGGAGCGACCGAGAACGGUAAGGCCGCGACCCGACGAGGAGCACUUCCUCAACGAGGAGGGCAGCGGCUUCGGCGGCUUCCGGUCGCGGUUCCGGCCGAGCAGCAGCUUCCGCGAGAGCCAGCUGGAGAAUAUCCGCAAGAAGCUGCUCACGGAAUCGCAGACGCCGCCGGAGGUCGCCGUCGCGGUGGCCGUGCCGAGCACUGCGAUCGAUCUGCGCGAGAGCAGCGGCCACUUUGCCAACGAUGACGAGGAUGGCGAGGACGGCGAUGACGGCGUCGACGACGAGUUCGCCGACACGGGCGAGAACCAGGGGCGCGGCUUCUUCGGCUCCCAGCAGCAGCGCAAGAGUGGUCCGUACCAUCGCAAGAACGGCAACGAUGCCAUCAAGAUCAUCUCCACGCCGCUGGGCAAGGUGAGCAUCGUGUACCAGCAGACGGACAAGGACCAGGCGCCCGACCAGGAUGCGCAGCUGGAGCCGAAGCAGAAGAAGCCGACGCUCACCGACUUCGACGCCCUGUCGCCGGAUCCCGAGAGCAGUCAUCGCUUUCCGUCGCCCCACCCCAAGAUUACGCCCGUUCUGACGCCCGAUGGCAAGGUGGCGCUGCUCUACCGCGGAGACUCGGAGAGCUCCAAGUACGAGCCCAUCCGCAACCUCACGCACAAGUUCACCGGCCAGCCGGCCAAGGAGUCCGCCAAGUCCAAGGUGGAGGACUCCUCCUCGGCGGAGGACUCGGUCUACACGGACAGCGAGGAUGCGGAGGACGGCAAGGGCGAUGCGGGUGCGGCGAAGCCCUCGCCAGUGGCCAGCACGCCCAAGCCGCUGCAGCCGGAGAUCCUUGAGCCGCCGGAGAACGUUCAGCCAGGUGGAUCCUUCAUCAUUCGGCCCACCUCGGACUCGCUGCUGCCGAUGAUCAACCGGCCGCUGUCCGAGGUGCUGGGCAUCAAGAAGAACCAGUUCCAGGAGACGCGGGUGCGCGACCACCUGCCCACGCAGCAGCCGCCGCCGCCGCCUCCGCUGCCGGAGGUGGCCACCUCGAGGAGUCCCACUUCCGGACAUCAGUUCCUCGCCAAGGUCAACCUGGCCGAGUUCCCGACGUCCGGAAGGACGCUGCAGACGCCGCUGAUCCCCGGCAGCCACGACUUCGACUUCAGCCGUGACAACACGAUGCUGGACGAGAGGUCGCGGGUGCGCGAGCUGGAGAAGCAGCGGGAGCGGGACAAGGAGCACAACGAGGCCACCAGCAAGGGCGCCACCGAGGCGCACACCAUUGCCAACGAGCAGCUGCUGUCCAAGACGGAGGUGAUCAACCUGGCCAUUGUGCCGCAGUUCGACGAGGACAUGGAGCGACUGCAGAGGCUGCAGGAGAACGGAGGCCGGAGGCACCACCGGGCACGCCAUCGCCACCGGCAGCAGUCGGAGGAGGAGCUGUCGGGCAUCCACUGCAUCAUGCAGGUCAUGAUGGGCGUGGCCGCCGUCUCGACGGUCUUCGGCAUGCUGGGCACCUUCUUCAAGCAGCGCAUCCUGGACCAGCUGCGCAUGAUGCACUGGUAGUACAACACGGGGGAUUCGAUGUCAAUGUCCGUUGUCGAAUGCCCCACAUUCCCCCGCCCUCGUCCCGUUCCCAGCAUCGUCAUUAUCAUCAUCCAGUCCAUGGGGGCCAGCUGCCCCUCAGGUGCGCGAUCCCUCCUCUUCUACUACUACUAGCGCUCCUCCAGCACCCAUAUACUCGUAUAUACUCGAAAUCGAACUCGAACUCGAAAUCGAACUCGAAUUCGUACUCGUACUCGUACCAUAUGCCAUAUAUUAAUCGCAUAAUCUAUGUAACACAGCGGCAUCGAUUUGCUUUCGUCCCCUUCCGCUUCUUUAUACAUACUCGUAUAUAUACAUUUAUAUAUCUAUCUUAUCCUUCGGCAUUGUGCCUGCAGAUGCAGGCACUUCCUUGCCACUCAUGUAUUCUAUAUAUAUUCGCAUAUGUAUCAAUUUACUAGUGCAAGCUACCCAGGCGAUGUACAUAAUAACAGAACAGAAUAAUACGGCGAUCGAUCGAUCCGGAUAUCCAUGUAUUUAUGUGAGACGCAACUGUAGCCCCUGCCGAAUCCGCCGGAAAUUAGCUGACCCUCCGUCACUGCUUCCCAGUUCCUUCCCUUUACUUUUCGCCCACUUUUGUGUGCCCCUUCCCGCAGGACAUUCAAUCAUUCAUUCAAUCGACCACAUCAGCGAGAAACAAGCUUUAAGCAAGUCAUUGCAUGUGCCACGCCCCCUCGAAGUCACCGCCCUCCCUCCCACGUCAGGCAUGAACCCCGCAGAAAAUACAUUCCCCCCCGCCACGCCCCGCCCCGCCCCAUCAUCAUCCGUCGUCAGGAGCCCCAGUCGAGAAACUCGGAAAUUGGACGUAGAACAGAUUCCUUUUGUAGAUAGAAAACGAAACAGUUGUUGGGAGAUAACCAGAUGAAAAGUCGCAUGACAAACGAACACAUAAUGAUAAACUAAACUAAAGUUAUAAACGAAAAUAACAGUAAAACCGCACAGAAGCACACACGCAUUACAAAAUACAAAAAAAUCCUGCAACGGUCGUUUUAAACGCGCCGUUCAGGAGUCUCAAAGAAACGAGUAAACGAUAAUAAGUGCAUAACGAAAACCGAGAACCUUCUUUAGUCUAAGUUGCUCAAAAGAAAGUAUUUUGAUAGAUCCGGAGCGGAAAGAGAUACCAACAAACACAAAAAAAAACCACAAAGAAUCGAAAAGAAAAUGAAACGAAACAAAGGCCCCCAAAACGUGUAACGAAUUUCCAGCAAAUUGUUGCAAGUGUUUUUCCUAGAGUUAGUCCUAAUUAAACUAAAUGUGUGCAAAUCGAAGCGUAACUAAUAUUACAAUUAACCUAAACUAAUUGAGGAAACAAAAACCUAAACAUAAAUCGGAUAACAACAUCUAAGCUGGGUAGUCGCAUGUAAAUCUCUAACAAUUAACAAUUACCGACCUAAGUUAGACCUAAACAAAUCGAAACGAAAUCGAAUCGCAUUUAAAGAAACCUACAUAAUAAUAAUUAUUUAUACUAAUCUAUAUAUACUUAUAUGUAUGCUGUAUGUAUGUAUGACCCUAUAUGUAUAUGUAAAAUGUUUUUGACUAUUUUUCACUAUUUAUAUCCAUAUAUAUUAUAUAUGCAUAUACGAUACAUGUGUAAUAGCCCCCUUUGGUCAUUUUAGUUGUCUUUUAUAUAUAUUUAAUACGUGUAUUAUUUUUAUUAUUAUUCAAGUAUAACUAUGCGCACCAAUUACACGCAUACUUUAUGUAUAACCUAUUGACAAAUAUAUAUAUAUAUUAUGUGUAAUAGCUGUUGCUAAACCAAGUUUAA